AUGUCGGCCAUGCUCGGAACCGCGGGGAAGAAGCUCUUCAAAAAGCACCGGGAGCAAUACGCUCCUCCAGACCCGUUUCACGAAACAUACACCACGAACGAGGAAAGAAAAAACAAAGAAAGGUGUGUUAAAAACUUUACAAUUCGGACGACGUCCAAGGAUGAUCCAUUCAACAGCACGCACCACCCCUAG